AUCCUACGUGUGCGGUUGCCCAGCAGAGAAAAGCUUAGAGCUGCCUUUAGAAGCAAGUUCUGGUGGCUGCAGCCAGAAAGAGAGAAGCCCAAGCAUGCAGAGGGAAUAGCUGUCACCUCCUGCCUGUCCGCCCAGCCCAGAGAGGGCAGGAAGGCCAGGCGCUCAGGAUCCAUCGCAGAGGCGCGCCCUGGGGUUCGGUGAGCUGUGAGUUCCAUAACAUGAGACCCUGGCAGGAGCACAUCACGUGUUCUUCCAGCAGAGUUAUGAAAAGGAGGAAGCUGGCCAACAGACAGAUACACUGGAAUUGUCCUCCUUGAGUUCCAGAACUCCAUCAUCCCUUGGGGGAAAAUGUGGUCAAGGAAUCUCAUGGCAAGGGCCUUAUAUGACAAUGUCCCAGAGUGUGCUGAGGAGCUGGCCUUUCGCAAGGGGGACAUCCUAACUGUCAUAGAGCAGAAUACCGGGGGACUGGAAGGAUGGUGGCUGUGCUCCCUACACGGACGGCAAGGCAUCGUCCCUGGCAACCGGGUGAAGCUUCUGAUCGGUCCUGUGCAGGACGCCCCGCCCAGUCACGACCAGCCCAUGUCUGGACCUACGCACCAGAGCUUUGCCCAACAGAAACUCUACCAGGUGCCCAAUUCACAGGCGGCAUCUCGGGACACUAUCUACCAGGUGCCACCUUCCCACCAGAACCAGGGAAUUUACCAAGUACCCACGGGGCAUGGCACCCAAGAACAAGAUGUAUAUCAAGUACCACCUUCAGGACAGAGAAGCAUCGGGAGCACCAACGGCCCCCACUUAAGUAAAAAGGUGAUCACACCCGUGAGGACAGCCCAUGGUUACGUGUACGAGGACCCACCCCGAAGCCACAAGGAUGUCUACGAUGUUCCUCCUUCCCACACCAUGCAAGGGGUAUAUGACAUCCCUCCCUCAUCUGUGAAAGGCCCUGUGUUCUCAGUUCCGGUGGGAGAAAUAAAACCUCAGGGGGUGUAUGACAUCCCCCCAACAAAAGGGGUCUAUGCCAUUCCGCCCUCCGCUUGCCGAGACGAAGCUGGGCACAGGGAAAAAGAAUAUGAUUUCCCCCCUCCAAUGAAGCAAACCGGAAGGCCAGACAUCAGACCCGAGGGGGUUUAUGACAUCCCCCCAAACAGCACCAAGCCAGUGGGGAAGGACCUUCACAUGAAGUACGCCUGCGAUGCUCCCGGAGCCGCAGAAGUCGUGGCGCGAAGGCACCAAAGCCUGUCCCUGCACCGAUCGCCCCCGCAGCUGGGACAGGCAGUGGGCAUUCAGAACGAUGCAUACGACAUCCCCCGGGGAGUCCAGUUCCUGGAGCCACCAGCAGAAAACGGCGAGAAAACAAACCCCGAAGAAAGAGACGGUGUUUAUGAUGUCCCUCUGCACAGCGUGCCAGAUGCCAAAGGCUCCCGGGAUGUGGUCGACGGCAUCAACCGGUUGUCCUUCUCCAGCACAGGCAGCACCCGGAGCAACAUGUCCACCUCCUCCACCUCCUCCAAGGAGUCCUCCUUGUCCGCCUCCCCGUCUCAGGACAAAAGGCUCUUCCUGGAUCCAGACACAGCCAUCGAGAGACUCCACCGGCUCCAGCAGGCCCUGGAGAUGGGAGUCUGCGGCCUAAUGGCGCUGGUCACCACCGACUGGCGGUGCUACGGAUACAUGGAAAGACACAUCAACGAGAUACGCACCGCGGUGGACAAGGUGGAGCUGUUUUUGAGGGAGUACCUCCACUUUGCCAAGGGGGCGGUAGCCAAUGCCUCCUACCUCCCGGAACUGGUCCUCCACAACAAGAUGAAGCGGGAGCUCCAGAGAGUGGAAGACUCCCACCAGAUUCUAAGUCAAACCAGCCAUGACUUGAACGAGUGCAGCUGGUCCCUGAACAUCCUGGCCAUCAAUAAGCCCCAAAACAAAUGCGAUGAUCUGGACAGGUUUGUGAUGGUGGCCAAGACGGUGCCCGACGAUGCCAAGCAGCUGACCACCACCAUCAACACCAAUGCAGAGGCGCUCUUCAGACCAGGCCCCGGCAGUUCCCAUCUGAAGAAUGGACCUGACAACUUCAUGAACUCAGUAGAGUAUCCACACGCUGGCUCCCAGAUGCAGCUGCUGCGACCUGGUGACUGCAAGGCCCAGGCCCUCAGCAAGCCCUUGCCCCCCACCCUGGGAAAGGACCAGCCUCCUGACUGUAGUAGCAGUGACAGCUCGGAACGGAGCUGGAUGGAUGAUUAUGACUAUGUCCACCUGCAGGGUAAGGAGGAGUUUGAGCGGCAACAGAAGGAGCUGCUGGAGAAAGAGAAUAUCAUCAAGCAGAACAAGAUGCAGCUGGAGCACCAUCAGCUGAGUCAGUUCCAGCUGUUGGAACAAGAAAUCACCAAGCCAGUGGAGAACGACAUGUCCAAGUGGAAGCCCUCUCAGAGCCUCCCGACCGCAAACAGCGGUGCGGGGGCCCAGGAUCGGCAGUUGCUUUGCUUCUACUAUGACCAGUGUGAGACCCAUUUCAUCUCCCUCCUCAAUGCCAUCGACGCACUCUUCAGCUGUGUCAGCUCGGCCCAGCCACCGCGGAUCUUCGUGGCACACAGCAAGUUUGUCAUCCUCAGUGCACACAAACUGGUGUUCAUCGGAGACACGCUGACAAGGCAGGUGUCUGCCCAGGACAUCCGUAACAAAGUCAUGAACUCCAGCAACCAGCUCUGUGAACAGCUCAAGACAAUAGUGAUGGCCACCAAGAUGGCGGCCCUGCAUUAUCCCAGCACCACCGCCCUGCAGGAGAUGGUCCACCAGGUCACGGACCUGUCCAGAAACGCCCAGCUGUUCAAACGCUCUUUGCUGGAGAUGGCGACUUUCUGAGAGGACAGGGGAGGAGGAGGGAACUGAAUGAACUGUUACCAAGGGAAACUGGAAAUACUAUCUGGGUUUUGUAAAUAGGAUCUAUUUUUGUAUAUAUUUUAUAUGGAAAUGAAAUAUUUUAACAUUUUUUGAGUUAGACAACCUUCAGAAAUUCAGGGAGCUGGACAGGAAAAAUUUUCUUCCCUGUGGGGUUCUUAUGUAUGCAUAUAAGUAUCUAGGACAUAAGCUGUACAGAAACUUGUCCGGUCCUUUGCAUUCAUGUUUGUUUUGUAGGUGUUUGUCUGAUACAUUCCAUUUAAAAAAAAAACACAAAAAACAUGAAUUAAGAAGCACCUUAGUCAGCACCUCCUAAUGCUGCAUUUUGGGUUUUGUUUUGUUUUUUCAAAAAUGUAUUAGCUGGUUGUAAUAUUGUUCUGCACGUACUAGUGAUGAUUCUGAGCCUGGCACACCCAAAGCUAGUAUAUUUGCAAGUGUGCAUCUCCCACACACCCUCUCAUAAGGCAUGGUAUGUUGUAUUCUUGUUUUGAAACCUCUUUCAAAAUUCACUGCCUGGAACAUAUUAGGGCAAAAUACCCAAUUCCAGUUGAAAAAGCCCUCUUGGAGAUCAAGUUUCAGAAAUAUAUGCUAAUCUUAGCUUUGAGAUUUCAGGUGCUGGAGAGAGGAGAGACCUGUGUACUCUAUGAGGAGGCCAGGUCCAUAGCUGGGCCUGGUUGUUUCAACACUGAGAGGAAGCUACAGUCAAAGGAUAACUCUUGUUUCCCCGGGGCUGUUGGAUCUUCUACAUUUGUGAGUGAUUCAGCCAUGAGGUUUUCCAAAGAAUGUUUUUAGAGUUAUAAAAAAAAAAUUUUUAAAAAGCAAAACAUUAUUUGAAGCAGGGAUCCAUGAAGUCAUAUCAGACUAUGAUAGUCCACAAAAAGAAGGGAUGGUUUCAUCAAGUAGAGGCCUUUCCAACACUUCACAUUCUCUUGGGCACUUCUGCUCCAAUUACUUGAGGGAAACUGGCCAGUUCCUUGGUCAUUGCCCCUUAGAGCCACCAGGCUAUAUUCUUCAUCUCACGCCCUUCUUAAAACUCACAUGGUACAGACCCAACAUUUCCAGUAGCUAUAGACAGUGCAUCCAACCUUCACAACUCUGUGUGGCUGAUGACCUUGUAUAUUCACCCCACAACCAACUCAGCUAGUCACAGACAGCAUCUAUGCCUUAGUCUGUCCUCACACAUGCUGGUGUAGACCCAGCCCAGUCACCACAGCCAUCAGAUGCAUCCCUGGUGAGGGGGAUGCACCCUACCUGGUGGGUAAAUGUAUCCAAGCAUUGCCCACUUGAGAAGCAUGUUUUUUAGUCUUUUUGGUCCGUAGAAAUAAUUGGAUUCUGGCCUAUUUGGAAACGUAUUUUCUUUUGCAAUAUAUUCCUUGACCAAAUUAAGCUUGCUUGUUUUGAACAACCAAAUCAUUGGAACAGGAAAUGAUUUAUGAGGAACACAGGAUUUUAGCGUGAUGAAGAAUCAGUGGAAAUAAACAUGGAAGGUGCUUUUCAAAACAAUUGCUGUUGUGAUCAUCAAUGCUCUGCACUGCCUACGGAAGAUUAAAAGUGGUGUUGUUGUGUGACAAGGAGAUGUGGGGAAGAAGGGGGUUGCUGAACAUGAAUAACACUUGAAGAAAUUAAGUGUGUCCUCGUCGAUUUCAUUGUAUGGUGUGUAUUUCUUAGCAGAUGACAGACUGGUUCUAAGCAAAGUGGUGACAUUUCACGUUUUCAAAACCAAAACGUUCAAUCUGUAUUACUCUUUGCCAUUUUGUAUGUAGAGCUAUUUUUAAAUCAUUAAAUUUUUAGAUCUCUA